GGAACACCCUUUCACGCCAAUUUGCUAGGAGUCGAGUCACGACCCACGAGGACUUCCAGGAGGUGAUGGACGGACGCUACUACCUCUCUCCUUCGCUGCUGUAUUCGAUCCGCCAGAGAGCUGUAGCGCGCGGCCAAGGUCAAGACGGUGAUUACGAGAUUCCAGUAGAAGGAGAAUGGGUUACCAUCGCUUGUGUCACGGGCAUUCUCAAAGAGUGGAUAAGCGGCAAGGAUGACGAAGAUGGCAAGGAACGGCUUGAAUGGUAUGAUGACGACCAGAUCAGUAAGAAGGAGGCAAAGAAGCGUUUAGAGCGCCUCAGGCAAGAAAAGGAUGACCGAGUCAGGCUAAUUGAUGAGGGUAGAUUGUACAUGCUGAGGGACAUUGGCUCUCAAGCUCGAGGAGCUGCAGGCGAGGGAGGGGGCAAUGAAGGCCAUCACGAGAUUAAGCUUCAAACGGUCAAGGCCCAUGGUCAGGACAAGGAAACGGGUCGCUAUUACGGCGGCACCAAGGGCACCUACGAGAAGCUCGGCCGGUAUUGUCAUGGACAGGUCAUUGCCAUUAUCACGCCCAGGAUCAGCGCCUCUAAGAGCGUAAGGGAUGGUGACGUGAUGACACUCAGGCCCCCAGACGGAGCCUCGAUUGUCGUCCUUGGUAACGCCAAAGACUAUACAUCGUGUACUGCGCGUACGGAAGAAGGUGAGAAAUGUGGACACUAUGUGGACAGAAAAGGCUUGUCUGGCUCGAGGGCAAAGGAACCCAUUUGCGACUUUCACCUUGGUAUUGGUGUAGAGAGGACGCAGAGGGGGCGGCAGGAGUUUGCCAAUUCGUGAGUCACAGUCACUGCAAGCAGGCGACGCGCUGAGAAGGACAAAUCCAACGCUGAUCUUUC